AGCAGAGUGGUGUUUAAAGACACUGGACUGCAGAACAGCUCCAUCGUGAUCAGGGAGGUGACGGAGGAGGAUGAAGGCUGCUAUUAUUGUUUGUUUAACACCUACCCUGAUGGUGCUCUCGAUGCUACAACCUGCCUCAAACUCUACGAGCUGCAUGAACCCGUCCUACAUGUGAGAGAAUCAAACUCUUCUGAAGAGGUCGUUGUUUCCUGCUCGGCUACGGGUCGACCCGCCCCCACUGUGACAAUAACGCUCCCUCACCAAGACUUGAACUUCUUCCACAACACUUCUGUCUCAGUCAGGAACAACAACAGUACAGUCACCGUCACUGAGACAGCUGUGCUCUCUCGUCGUCAUGACAACAGCACACAGGUCGGGUGCACAGUAGGGGGCUCCUAUGGCGUUCACAAAGAGGUGUUUAAGAUGAUCCCUGAGGUCAAAAAGUCGCUCCCUGAUGAAAAGUCAGGAGCUAAUAGCAGGAGUCGCAGUACAACUUUAAUCAUUAUAUCAUCAGCUUUAACAAUCUGUGGUAUCAUCACUGCAGUCGUCUUCCUCCGGCGUAGACACAAACCUCAGAACAGUCUGUCACACGAGGUCCAUAUGAAUGAGAUACCAGGAACUACAGAUGAACACCCUCAGAAGACCCAAGAGUCUCCACAGGAGAACGUACAGGUCCGACUUCGAUCAACUCCUGUGAAGAGUGAAGAGAGAACAAACACAAAUCCAACACCAGUUUCAUCCAGGAGACUGUUUGAGUGAUUGAUCAGAUGAACUCAGUUUUCUGAGUAACUGUGAAAAGCUGUGAUUCACAAAUUGAUGGAAGAGCCGUGUUUUAUUUACUUCUGAUUUUUUAAGCUUUGAUAAGAAAAGUCUUUUAAAAAACAUUUUGAUACCCUUCUCUGUUUACAUGAAUUUUAAAUCUGUUUUAUUUUUUAAAAUGUCAUUUUUAAAUCUGACAUCUGCCUUUGUAUGACUAAUAAUGUACAUAAUGUCUUUGUGAGAGAUUUUUGCAUCUCUUUGAAUUGAAUUUUGACUUUUUUUGUUAAAUUAUGACAAGGGGAAUAAUGAUGUGACUGAAAACAUUGUGAAGUAUUAUUUCUUUAGUCAUAAAUGAAUUUGUUAUUAAAAAAAACAGCACAGACUGCACACCAGAAGCUGCUGUGUUUAAUUCACCUGA